AUGGCAAUGAGUAGUUUUCUGGAAUGUUUUAUUGCUUGCAAGCCUACUUUUUUGUUCCUAAAUUUUUUAUUUCUCAUUCAUCCAGCUUUUCAAACAUCAGAUAGUGACACUUUUUUGAUAUACAAUGAAAAUCUUGAUCGUUGCCUAAAACUUCAAGAAUCUCGUUCCUUCACCUUCGACAUCUGCAACAAGUUUAAUGAAUGGCAAAAUUUUAAGUGGGUAUCCGAUCAUCAGUUAUUGAAUAUGGCAGUGAAGUUAUGCCUGAGUGUACCUUCAAAAUCAAACAUGGUUCCAGUUACACUGUCACCAUGCAACAAAACCACUGAAUUACAGAAAUGGGAAUGCAGAAAUGACACUCUAUUUGCCCUUGUAAAUCAAGAACUGUUUUUAAAUCCUGCUAAUGGACGUGAGAAUGGGGUUAUACUAUCCAAAAAACCCUCCACAAGUGUUUGGAAGAUCUAUGGAACAAAGAAGAGCUUGUGUGCCCAGAAAUAUGAAGCUCUAUUCACUAUAGAAGGCAAUUCCUUGGGAGCACCUUGUGUGUUUCCUUUUAAGUAUAUGAAUAAAUGGCAUGCUAAAUGCAUAGUUGAUGAUGAUGAACACAAACGGUUUUGGUGUGGAACAACUCCAGAUGUGGACAAAGACUCUUUAACUGGAUAUUGUCCAGUAAAAGAUGACUUUUUCUGGAUCAAAAAUCACUGGACAGGAGAUCUCUACCAGAUCAAUUCCCAGUCAGCUCUAACAUGGGAUCAAGCAAGAAGCUGUCAGCAACAACAUUCAGAAUUAUUGAACAUCAAUGAACUAUAUGAACAAGCAUAUUUGACAGGAUUAACAAAUAAUUUUGAAGCCAACUACUGGAUUGGUUUGAAUAAUCCAGAUUUUGACAGUGGAUGGCAGUGGACUAGUAAUCAACCUUUAAGAUAUUUAAACUGGGCUCCAGGUAGCCCCUCUUCUGAAACAGGGAAAAACUGUGGAUUGAUGCAGGGUAGACAUGGUAAAUGGGCAAAUAAUCGGUGUGAACUGAAGCAUGGCUACAUCUGUAAAAGAACGAACUCUUCAAUACAGGCAUCUUCACCUUCUUCAGAGGAUCUUAAGCCAAUUAAAUGCCCAAAUAACUGGGUUGGAUAUGCAAAGCAUUGUUACCGUCUGAACAGAGAUCGCAAAACGUGGAAGGAUGCUUCAGUCUCCUGCCAAAAGGAUGGUGGACAUUUAAUAAAUAAUGACAUUGAGGAAUACAGCUUUGUUUUUUCUCAGCUUGGCUAUGAAUCAACAGAUAAUUUGUGGAUAGGACUAAAUGACCAGAAGACUUCUUCAUAUUUUGAAUGGAGUGAUGGUACUACAGUGAGAUUCAUCAAAUGGCAGAAAGGAGAACCCACACUUAUAAGCAAUGUGCAAGAAGACUGUGUCAUCAUGACUGGGAAGAAUGGAUAUUGGGCAGAUCAUUUCUGUGAAGAGGAAUUAGGAUACAUCUGUAAAAAGAGCCUUCAGAAUUUCUUCCUGGAACAUGAAGUUGCUGAUCCAAAAUGCCAGAAAGGCUGGAAAAGGUAUGGUUUCUAUUGUUACUUAAUUGGAGGGACACCUGGAACAUUUUCAGAAGCAAAGACAUCUUGUGAAACAAACCAAGGAUUUCUGACCUCUGUGGAGAAUAGAUUUGAGCAUGCCUUCCUGACGAGCCAAAUUGGACACCGUCCUGAAACAUAUUUCUGGAUCGGCCUUUCAGAUGUAGCAAAUCCAGGGACUUUCAACUGGACCAAUGGAGAUCCCAUUCAGUUCACUCACUGGAAUGCAAAAAUGCCUGGCCCAAAUCCCGGCUGUGUUGUCAUGAGAACGGGAGAUGCUGCUGGACUGUGGGAUGUUGUCAAUUGCGAGGAGAGGGCUGCCUUUCUUUGCAAACAAUUGGCUGAAGGAAUGACCCUUCCUCCAAUCCCGAAAACAACGCCCCCUCCCCCAUGUCCUGAAGGAUGGACCGCAAGUCCAACAAGGAAUGUCUGCUUCAAGGCCUAUAAGAGGAAGAGAAUUGACAGGAAAACUUGGUUUGAGGCAUUUGUUUGUAAAUUAAUUGGAGGAGACCUGGCUUCUUUGCAUGAUAAACUAGAGGAACAAUUAUUUAAACGAACUGUAAACUAUGAACCAGCUUUUACUUUUUCUUCCGAUGAAAAUCAAAAAUGCAGACUACUAUGGGGAUAUACUGGAGCCUGGAAAGCAGCACUAUGUUAUCGGGUUUUUGAUUGGUUUUGUCAAAUUACAAGAGGUGCACCUUUAUAUCCAGAACCAAGCAAUACAUUUGAUAUAGUUAUAAAACAAUUGAAGAUUGGCUGGAUUGAAUUUGAAAACAAUGAGUAUUAUUUCAGUAAUACAUCAUGCCUGCAGAAAAGCCCGGAAAGUUCUGCAAAACAACAUCAUGGUGAUCUUACUACCAAUUUGAGAGUCAUGAGGAAAAAUGUUUUGUGGAAUAUAUGGAUGGAUGGAACUCCAGUGACAUAUGAAGCCUGGGCCCCCGGUGAACCCAACUUUGCCAAUGAAGAUGAACAUUGUGUAGUUAUGAUUCCAGUAUGUGUAUGGAAUGAUAUAAACUGUGGUGAUGAGAAAAGCUUCAUCUGCGAGAGACACAAUAGCUCUGUCCGUACAACUGCAGCGUCCACAUUACCUGCAAUUCCAAAAGGGUGCAGUGAGGGUUGGCUUUGGUUUAAUGACAAGUGCUUCCAAGUAUUUGGCUUCGUAGAAGAGGAGAAGAAAAACUGGAGCGCUGCACGUGAUCACUGCAGAAAUCUAGGAGGAAACCUGGCUAGUAUACCAAACAAAGCUGUUCAAGCUUUUCUCACAGUGCAAUUAAAAAGUGCUACUGAUAAUAUUUGGAUUGGAUUGACUGACAAGAAUUGGAGGGGACUUUUCCUGUGGACUGAUGGGAGUGGAGUCUAUUUUACAAAUUGGGCUAAAGGGUCACCUCGUUAUUCAAUCUUUGAUGUAUACAAUGAGCUGUGCACAGGUAACUGCGUUUUUAUGAUGACAAAACCUGAAAGGCUUGCAGGAUAUUGGAGAGUUGGAUACUGUUCUUCUAAGCUGACCUACAUCUGCCAAAAAAAUACUGGUCCUGAACCUUACUCUGAACCAACAGUUCCAGCAUCUCACUAUAUCAGUUAUGGAAAUAGCAGCUAUUCUAUGGUUAGUCCCAAGAUGACCUGGGAAGAAGCAAGGAAGAAAUGUGAAUCUGAAAAUGCAAAACUUGCCACCAUUGUAGACCCCUAUGCAGAAUCAUUCAUAUGGCUGCAAGUGCUCCAACAUAAGGAGCCUGUAUGGAUUGGACUAAGCAGCAAAGAGAGUGAUGCUAGGUACAAGUGGAUUAGUAACUGGAAGGUAGUGUACACUAACUGGGCUGACGAAGAACCAUUGCAUAAGGUAGCCUGUGUCUACCUAGACACUGAGGGUUAUUGGAAAACAGGAAAUUGCAGUGAAAAAUACUUGUCUGUUUGCGAGAGAUAUUAUGGUGUAGUGCCAACUGAGAUUCCACAAUUGCCAGGAAAAUGCGAAACCUCCAAAAACAGCCAAAUAUCUUGGAUUCCUUUUAGAGGUCAUUGCUAUAAAAUUUACCUUUCACUAGAAUCUUGGGCAACAGCAUCCCUGUUGUGUUCUCAUAUAGGUGGCGCCUUGACUUCAAUCGAAGACUCAACUGAAUUACAAUUUCUACAAGAAAAAAUGCAGCAAUUUGAAUAUAGGGAUUUUUGGAUAGGCUUAUACAAAAAUCUGGAUGGAGAAUGGAUAUGGCAAGAUAAAAAUGAACUUGUUUUUGUCAACUGGAAUGAACAAGAUUCUCUGGAGUAUGAUAACAUAAAGUUCUCUGAUUACUUUUUUGACAAGUGUGUUUCCAUGGAUGUUAAUUCUGGACAGUGGUUCACAGAGCACUGCGGAGAUUAUGGAUCAAAACCAUUUAUUUGUAAAAGAAACAAAAUUACUGAAGAAUCAACUAUAAAGCCUACAGAAAUCUCAGUGCAGAAAGGAGUGAAACCUCUAUCAACACAUGGCACAACUGCGGUGGUAGUUAUCCCAGUUAUUUUCAUAGUGAUUGGUGCAGGAAUUACAGCCUAUAUUUUAUAUAGAAGAAGAAACAGACCACAACAAGCCUCUGCUGGAUUUGACAAUUCUUUGUAUAGUGACAAUGUAGUUAUUCUUCAUAAGGAUUCACAAUCUCUUGUAGACAAUCAAGAAUUAAAUUAAUCAAUAAUGUAUCUAAGGAUAAAACCUAUUGGACACAAUACAUUCAAAAUGUAAGAUUUUGAAUUAUAUUGUUCAUAAAUUAAUUAAAAUGUUUGGAAAAAAUAGACCUUGUUAACAAUAUGCUGUAUAUUGGUCUAACCCAUGAUAUGAAAAGACUGAAUUUAUUAGUUACUGAGUAAAAACAUAUUUUGUAUGAUAUACUUUCAAAUGAAAGAUUUUAAUUAAAGAAGACUUAGAAGUGGU